AUGCUUUAUACUUUACUCAUUGCUCUCCUCAUACCCACAAUCAUUUGUGCUGGUAAGGCGAAGAAGACGUCUAAGAAGAAGAAGAAAGCAACCCCAGUUGUAAAACAGCCCGACCCACCCAGGAAGCAGCCAAUGAUAUUUGAUGUCUCAGCAAAGAAAUACAUUGAUCCAUCAGACAAGAAGGACCUCAAGGAGCUCAAAGAUACCAAUGCAACAAACAAAUUCACUGCAACUGAUGAUGGUAAAGGAAAUAUCACCAUUAGAUUCAAUGGUGAUAAUUUUGUUCCCUCUCUCGCCUACUUGUACUACAAGAAGUCAAACAAGCACCACAAAAACAAGCACAACUUCCGCCUACGAUUCUUAGACUGCUUCCUCACCAAACUCGACUUCCAUGAGAGAGCAUUCAUGUUCACUGCCUACAUCACUAAGGAUACCACUAAAAUGAUACGUUUUAUACGCGAUGAUGCUCUCAGAAUAGCAGGAGACAACCUCACUAUCCGCCCUGAAAACGUAAAACAGGCAUUUUCAUCCGAUAACUUCAACUACCUGGAUGCCCUCUACGACGUGUACAAAAUGAGUGAAUUCACGUUGAAAACACAAAUUAUGAUACCCAAGAAGUGCGACCUGAUGGUUAUUUACAUAAAGCUGUUUACUAAGGUGAGUAACACGCAAUAUUCACCAAUUACCGUAAUGCUUAAGAAAAUAGUCAGAACGAACAAAGGAUGGAUCAAAGAAGAGUGGAAGUCGAGUGACGAGAGUGAAUUCGACUACGUUGAUGAAAUGGACGAGGAGGACACGACUGAGGAUGGGGAUGAGAUGGCACACGUUGAGCCAGAGAUAGUCGACUCAGAAGAGGAGCAGGAAGAGGAUACUGAAAUCAGGAAGGAAGAAGGAAGAACAAGUACAAGAAGAUAUCAAUUGUACUGGCAGCAGUAA